CUGAUGAGAAGUCAAGUCAAGACCACACUGUGAAGAAGAAGAAGUUAGAGAAGUGGGAGUACAUCUUCCCCCACCACCGCCAAUAGCUCCGGUACGGCCGUUUCCACCGCCGUGCGCGACGGAAGAGACGGCGGAAAUAUUGCGUUUUUGCUGUUUUUCUGUUGUACUUGAAUUUUGUUUAACCAGGAGAUGGGGUGCACGGCGUCGAAGCUGGACAACGAGGAUACUGUCCGGCGGUGCAAGGAGCGGCGCCGGCUGAUGAAGGAGGCGGUGUAUGCUCGCCACCACUUAGCCGCCGCGCAUUCUGACUACUGCCGCUCACUCAAACUGACCGGCUCUGCUCUGAUUUCCUUCGCCGCCGGCGAGACUCUCUCUGUCUCGGAGGAGACGCCCGCCGUGUUCAUCCGCACUCUUUCCUCCGCGUCCACCUUCAAACCCCCUCCGCCGCCGCCGCCGCCGCCGGAGGCGGCGGCGGCGGCUCGCAUCCCUUCUCCAUCUCCGUCGAUUUACCAACCUCCGCCACCACACUACUCCGUGGCCUCCCAGCAGCGGCAACCUCAAGUCCACCGGAAAAAGCCGGUGAAACUGCCUCACAUCCUCUCGGAAUCGAGCUUCCCUGCUACACCAAGGAACCACAAUUUCUUCGAAAACGAAAACUAUACAUACGACGCGAAAGCGAAUUCGACCUAUUCCAGUACUCCCUCACAAGCCUCCUCCGUCUGGAACUGGGAAAAUUUCUACCCUCCUUCCCCUCCCAGCUCCGAGUAUUUCGAACAGCUCCACAAAAACAACGCCUCUUCCCGCGAUCAUCAUCUCACUGAUGAUAACGACGAAUUUGAUGAUAAGUCCUCUUCAUAUUCUCAAUUCUCAACCGCCAUUCCUCGCGGCAAGGAUCGUAACGCAUCUUUCAAGCGAUUCGAUUUCUUCGACAAUCAGAGCGUUAACGACGAUAAGGCUUCAGUCUAUUCUUCACAUUCGCACUACUCUAAUGCGAAUCUGCGGAAUCAAACUCAGUCUAGGCAGAAUCAUGAUCUUCACCGCAGGAGCAACUGGGACAGUGAAGCAGAGAGGGAAGAAGUACAGUGUAGCGAGUGGGAAGACCAUGAUCAUUAUAGUACUACUAGCUCCAGCUCCUCUGAUGUUGACGAAGAACACGAAGAUAAAGGCGAGUUGAGAUCUGAGGCUGGGGAAUCCCAAUCGAAUUUUCGGUCUGGUUCAGUGAAGAAUGUGGAGGCUGCUGCUGCUGCAGCUACUAAGCUUAGAUCAGAUUCAAAGAAUUAUUCAGUGCCUAAAUUAGAUAAGCUGUCCGAAGGAGGGUCAUCUUCCAUGAGUUGGGGAAAUGGAACUGCAAAAGAGGAUUUGGUAUCAGAUAGAAGAAUAGUGGUGAGGCACAAGGAUCUGGCUGAGAUUGUGGCUGCCAUCAAGGAGUACUUUGACAAGGCUGCUGCUGCUGGGGAGCAGGUGUCUGAGAUGCUAGAGACUGGUAGAGCACAGCUUGAUCGAAGCUUUAAGCAGAUGAAGAAAACUGUGUAUCAUUCCAGCGGAAUUCUUAGUAACUUGAGCUCAAGCUGGACUUCAAAGCCUCCUUUGGCUGUCAAGUAUAAAUUUGAACCUAGUUCGAUCCAUGAACCAGGUGGUCCAAAGAGUUUGUGUUCCACCUUGGAGAGACUCUUAGCUUGGGAAAAGAAACUGUAUCAGGAAGUAAAGGCCAGGGAGGGGGUUAAAAUUGAGCAUGAAAAGAAGUUGACUACACUUCAAAGCCAGGAAUACAGAGGAGGCGAGGAAGCCAAGUUGGACAAGACUAAGGCCGCAAUAAACAGACUGCAAUCUUUAAUUGUGGUUACAUCUCAAGCUGUCACUACUACCUCUUCUGCUAUUAUUGGUCUAAGAGAGUCUGACCUUAUCCCACAACUUGUUGAACUUUGUCAUGGAUUCAUGUAUAUGUGGAGAUCCAUGAACCAGUUCCAUGAUGUCCAGGCCGACAUCGUGCAACAAGUUCGUGGCCUUGUCAACCGAGCAACAAAAGGCCAAUCAACAUCUGACCUACACCGGCAGGCCACACGUGACCUUGAGUCCGCUGUAUCUGCGUGGCACUCCAGUUUCUGCCGCCUUAUAAAGUUCCAAAGAGAUUUCAUCCGCUCCCUUCAUGGAUGGUUCAAGCUUACUCUCCUACCUAUUGACACUGUGCCAAAUAAUGGUACUAAGGAUCCUUCAGAGGCAUUCUCCUUUUGCGAUGAGUGGAAACUUGCCCUUGAGCGUGUCCCUGACACUGUUGCAUCAGAAGCCAUCAAAAGCUUCAUAAAUGUUGUCCAUUCGGUAUUCUGUAAACAGACAGAGGAGCUUAAGAUCAAGAAACGAACUGAAUCCGCAUCAAAGGAGCUAGAGAAAAAAGCGUCAAGUAUUAGGAGUCUCGAGAAGAAGUAUUACAACUCAUACUCCACUGUCGGUAUUAGCCUUCCUGAUACUGAUACCGGGCAUGCGUUGGAUGCGCGGGACCCGCUUGCUGAGAAAAAAGCAGAGCUUGCAUCUUGCCAGCGGCGGGUGGAAGAUGAGAUGUUAAAACACUCAAAGGCAGUAGAAGUUACCAGAGCGAUGACUCUGAAUAACAUUCAGACUGGCUUGCCAGGAGUAUUCCAGGCCAUGACAAGUUUUUCUGCUUUAUUUACAGAAGCCCUCGAGGCUGUAUGCACCCGUUCUUAUUCUAUCAAGUAAAAAGAAAAAAACCUGAAAUAUAUCCAAUACUGUUACUGUUUUCUUCUCAGUCAUUUUAGGAUUCUUGAGCCAAAUCUAAAAGGAGAGUGCUGGCAUUUCUUGUGGUGCUCUUUUUGUCUAUUGUCUUCGUUGCUUGAUAUUUUGUUAUGUAGAUAUUUGGAAUUCUGCAGUUUUGCCACGCUCCCUGUUGACAGGAAGAAGAGCAUUGGUUAUCUCUCAUCUCUGUAUAGAAAUUCAUUACCCUUUUAUGUACUAGAGAUCAACUUUUUCUUUUGAGGGAUGAAUAAUUUUGUUCCCAUCUGGUUUAAGUCUAAAUGUGAAAAUAGAUUUUGACUUUA